AUGGGGUUUUUAGAUUUUGAUGCUGAUCUAAGGAUACAGAAUACAAACGAAGAUGCAUUGAGCAGUAAAUGGUCAGCUGUGCAAGCAGGAUAUCUUAACGAUUCUUUUGUCAAAUAUAUGAUAAAGGAUAAGGCGAAAAUAAAAAGACCUCCAAUCAUUAAUAGGGGGACAUAUAUAAGAACAGUAGUCAUUGAUAAACUUAUAUACUCUUUUUUGCGAUCUAUAAAUCCACUACAAAAAAAACAAAUUAUCUCUUUUGGUGCUGGCUCUGAUACACGUUAUUUUAAUAUUAUGUCUGAUUUGGGUAAAACUGUUAAUUUUAUUUUUCAUGAAUUGGAUUUUCCUGUAGUUACUAAACGUAAAGCAUCUAUUAUAUCUAAGACACCAGCACUUUAUGAUCUCAUACACUCAUCUUGUAACAAUUUCGAUGAUUUAAAAAUAGAUCUUUUUAAUGGGUCUAUAUUAUCUCCAAGUUAUUGUCUUCAUCCAAUUGAUUUGAGGACUCUUACAUCAAUAUUUUCACUUCCAAAAAUUGAUAAUGAUCUUCCAACACUUAUAUUAUCUGAAUGUUGUCUUGUGUAUCUUGAGCCUCAUGAAGCAGAUCAGUUAAUACAAUGGUGUGUAAAUGCAUUUGCUUCCAAAGGAUCUGGAAUCGUUAUUUAUGAACCUAUUAAAAAUUCUGAUUCAUUUGGUAAAAUGAUGGUUAAAAAUCUUGCUUCUAGGGGAAUUAGUUUUAAAACUUUGGAUACGUAUUCAACUACAGAGAAACAAUGUACCAGACUUUACAAUCUUGGUUUUACUACUUAUCAAAAGGCAAUUAGUAUAAAACAAAUUUUUGAUGAAUGGUCUGAUCAUGAUGAUAAAAUCAGAAUUUCAAAAGUAGAACUUUUAGAUGAAGUAGAAGAAUGGAAUUUAUUAGCAAGUCAUUAUUGCGUCGCAUGGGGAUGGAUAGAUGAGCAUGAAAAUGGGUAUUUUAAUGAAUGGGCUACAUUUUAG